CCGUUGUAAGCACAAUUUGUGUGGGCCUACGUACUCAUUUCCUCUUCGCCUUGGAUUUGGUCGAGACGUAUACAUUAUGUGUGUUGACGGUUCCCAUGUCCAUUAACUGAGACGAAAGCGACACGACAACCUAUUUCGCGAACUGAGUACGUACACCUCAGUAAUAUCAUCCACUUGUUGGACAUUUCAGAAUGGAUGUCAGCAAGGGAUUGAAACGAUUCGUGCUGAUAUUGGUAACUUUUUGCUUCUUUGCGAUUGGCGAUCCAGUCGGAGCGCAAACAGGAGUCGGAGGAACCAGCUCAAGUGAAUAUGAUCUGGUAUUUGUAGCUGACUUGACACAACCCGGGAUAUUCAUGGCUCCUGCAGACACCUUCAAUUUCACUCUCAUCCCUGCCUUUAGUGACCAUGUUCUCCGACCUGUUGCCAUUGACUACGACCCCAUUGAUGGCAUGGUGUACUGGACCGAUGUGCAGCAUUUGAGCAUCAGUCGUGCCUUUGUGGAUGGGAGUGGCUUUGUUGUUCUCUUGAGGGAUCUCAGUUUGCCUGAUGGGUUGAGCCUUGACACAGUAAAUCGUCUGAUGUACUGGACCGAUACAGGCAGUGAUCUGAUCGAGCGAGCUUCCAUGGAUGGUCUAGAUCGCUCUGUGGUCCUGAACCUGACAAAUUCAUCGCUGGGGACCGUGGAACCCAGGGCAAUAGUCGUGGAUGUGUCAAAUGGCCACCUGUACUGGACUGACUGGGGCAGUGCACCAAAGAUUGAGCGCGCAAACACGGACGGCACGUCACGGAUGGUUCUGGUCAACACUGAACUGCAAUGGCCAAAUGGCCUGACACUGGACAAGCAAGGUGGGAGAAUCUACUGGUGUGAUGCUGGAAAGGAUCGCAUUGAAUCUGUUACCUUUCUGGGCCAGGAUCGCCAGCGCCAUGCAAGCCUAGAAACCUAUGACAUCCACCCGUUUGAUAUCGCACUCUACCGGGGGAAUUUGUACUGGACUGAUUGGCGCUACCUGCUUAUCAAUUUGACCUUAGAUCUGCCACCGGUCCUUUCAGUGAUUUCUGCCAGCUUCUCACGGCCAGGAGGAAUGCACAUUCAUAGUGAUACAUUCUUUGAUCACAGCUGUGUAAACUCAAUGCCUUGCGGAAAUGGGGAACGCUGUCGCCAGUUCCAGACCAGUCACCAGUGUGUCUGUAAGGAUGGACAGGAUGGAGCUAGCUGUAAUCUGGCUAACCCAUGUGCUGCUUCAUCAUGUUAUAAUGGAGGUACAUGUUACUUGUCAGCAAGCAUUAGUCCUGGCUAUUUCUGUCAGUGCAGAGAGAGAUACUUUGGAAGCAAUUGUGAAAUAUUUGAUGACCCUUGCAACAGUAACCCUUGCAUGAAUGGGGCAACCUGUCAAGGCACAUCAGAGGGCUUCACUUGUAUAUGUAGCUCUGAAUUCCUCGGACAAUUUUGUGAAUCUCAGAGUCAUCCUUUUGAUCUGGUCUUUGUGGCCAACCUGGAUCCUCCAGGACUUUUCGUGGCCCCCACAGACACCUUCAACUUUACCCUCAUCCCAGGAUUGAAUGGUAGCCAUAGCAACAUAAGCCGACCUGUUGCCAUUGACUAUGACCCUGAAGAAGGCAUCGUGUAUUGGACCGAUAUCGCGCUGUCAACUAUUAAUCGAGCUCAUUUGAAUGGGAGCAGAUUUGAGAUUAUCUUAAGUGAUCUACAGACCCCAGACGGCAUGACUCUUGAUGUUGAUAACUACAUGAUAUACUGGACUGACACAGGCAGUGAUCUGAUCGAGCGAGCUACCAUGGAUGGUCAGAGUCGAUCUGUGGUCCUCAACUUGACAAAUGCAUCACUUGGGGCCGUGGAACCAAGAGCAAUUGUUGUAGACCCCAGUAACAAUCAUUUGUACUGGACAGAUUGGGGCAGCUACCCAAGGAUUGAGCGAUCUGACACUGAUGGCUCUCGUCGUCGUGUUCUGAUUGAUACCAACCUUCUGUGGCCAAAUGGCUUAGCUCUUGAUAUGGAAGGGGGAAGACUGUACUGGUGUGAUGCUGGUUUAGACCGGAUUGAAUACUCUGACCUUUUGGGCCAGGGUCGGACUAUCUUAAUUGACCUCGUCAGUCUCAAUAUUCAUCCAUUUGACCUUGUAUACUACUAUGACUACAUCUAUUGGACGGAUUGGGCCACAAACACUGUCUUGCGUGUCGAUGCUCAGGGAAGAUUGGCAACUAAUCAUGGCUCGUUGAGUUUUGGAAAAGGUGGAGGCAUACACGUAUUUAAAGAUGGUGUUGCACCCAUUUUUACCUCUGGUUGCCCCAACAACAUAAAUCAAAUUGCGGAUGACAGUCAGUUGUCUGUCCCAGUGUCAUGGCCUGAGGUGACGGCAUCUGAUUCGAGUUUGCCAUUGCAGUGGAUCCAGAGCCAUCAACCUGGUGAUAUGUUUCGAGUUGGUUAUUCUGUCUUGGUAAUUUACAUGGUGACAGAUCAAGCCGGAAACUCAGCAUUUUGUAACUUCACUGUGACUGUCACAGGAGUUGGCCUGGACUGUCCUUCCAAUGUCACAGCCUUCACUAGUCCUGAAGCUUCCAUUGCCAAUGCAUCAUGGGUCCCACCCACUGUUUCCUUUCAAGGUCCACCACAAUCAGUGAUUUUCUAUGUCGGCACUCCACCUACGCAGGCUACCAGUGAUACUGAUGGCUUAGUGCGUGUGUACUCAGAUUACCAGCCAGGUGAUACAUUCAGUGUCGGUGCUACUCGCGUCACGUAUCGCAUCCAAGGAGUGGGAACACAGUGCUACUUUUACGUCAUUGCAAUUGACAAGUCUCUGCCUACCUUUGUCACUGGUUGUCCUAGCAACAUCAGUCGCCUUGCAGACAAUAGUGUUACAUCUAUCUCCGUAUCAUGGCCUGAGGUGACAGCAUCAGAUCCAAGUUCACCAUUGCAAUGGACUCAAAAUCAUCUACCCGGUGACAUGUUUCCAGUUGGUAGUGUUACCAUGGUAACCUACACCGUGACAGAUAAAUACGGAAACUCAGCACAAUGCCACUUUACUGUUAUUGUCACAGGAGUUGGUCUGAACUGCCCAUCCAGUAUCGAAGCUGUCACCACUCCUGGUGAUUCCACUGCCAGUGCAUCAUGGGUGCAACCAAAGGUCAUCUUCAACGGUCCCCCACAACCAGUGAUGUUCUACGUUGGCACCCCACCCACACAAAGCACUGGUGAAAAUGAUGCACAAGUUCUUGUGUACUCGGAUCAUCAGUCAGGGGAAUUGUUUGGUAUCGGUAUCACUGAUGUCACAUAUCGCAUCCAGGGACUUGGGACACAGUGCCAAUUUAGUGUCACCGUCACUGUCAUCGAUACUGAACCUCCUAAGAUCACCGGUUGCCCUGCUGACAUCAUCAUCCCUGUCAAGCCACCGUCCAAUCAGGUGCCUUACAGCUGGACUCCUCCCAUGAUCACGGAUAACUCUGGUUCAGCCAAUGUCACUUUCACCUGCCAAACAGCUGCCAUCCUGGUCUGCAGUCAAAGUGGGCAAAAUGGUAUCUUCGCCAUUGGUGUUACCGAGGUGAUGUAUAAUGCUGUUGAUGCCUCUGGGAACCAGGACAUGUGUCAUUUCACCAUCACGGUUACAGGAGUGGGUCUAGUCUGUCCUGUGAAUUUGGUUGUCGAUGCUGAACCAGGUUCCAUCAACACCAGUGUAAGCUGGUCAGAACCGGAUGUAACUGGAUGGAAUGGGCCCACCAACCUCACCUCCAACUUCAAUCCCAGUGAUGUCUUCCUGAUUGGCAGCCAUAACAUCAGCUACCGCCAGACCUUUGCAGCAUACGGUGUGGUUUUAGAAUGCUCCUUUUCACUUCAAGUUGUUGGUUUUUGUGCAGCCAGCACUACUUAUGAUCCUCUCCUAUUAAUGCUGACGUGGCCAGUGACAAAAGCAGGGUUGACUGCGAAGUCUGUUGAGAGAUGCCCACUCAUGACCCAAAAUGCUGGAGACCCAGUAGCUGUUCGUAACUGUUCCAUCAUGGCACCCCCACAGUAUUUCCAUUGGGGGCUCCAUGAACCUCGGAGCUGUGGUGUAGAAAGGAAUAAUAUUACCCUGGAUGAUGUUUUGGAUGUGGAAGUCAGUGAAGGAAAUGCAGUUGAGGUGGCUGAGUUUCUUGUCAAUGAGACGUCACAAUCAUCUAGUGCAGAAAAUGUUGCAGCGGUUUCCAGCAUUCUGACCAAUAUUGUCAAUGCAGGGUCAGGGGAUAGGCAGGUAACUGAAUUGGUCGUGGAGACUGUCAACAACGUUGCCAACACUGCCUCAACUUCAGAUUCCCAGUCCAUUGAUGGCAGUAGCUCAUCGGCAAUCAUCCAGUCUGUGGAGAAUCAAGUCUCUUUGACCCUUCAGCAGGAAGGUCGCGUUAGCAUACAGGAGGAGUCCAUUCUUGUCGAGGCGGUCAGUGUGAACCCCAUGGAAGCUAGGGGUGGGCUCACCUUUGUUUCGUUGCCAGUUGAGCAGCAGCCAGGGCAAAGUUUGCCAACAUCUGGCUCACUGGCAGGCACUGAGGUCAAGACAGUACUGAAUACCAGCGAGAUCCCAGAACAGGUUGUAGCCUCCAUCCGAUUACCAGCUAACAUUGUUGACUUGAUACAGGCUGGAAAUGAUAACAGCUCUCAGUCACUUCGUGCUAGUUUCAUCAUCUACGCUGAUGACACAUUAUUCCAGUCAGCUCUGAUCAGGAACUUCUCAGCGGAGAAUGGUUCUAGUCUGCAAGUUGCAGGGUCUGUUGUCUCUCUGAGUGUGGAAGAAGUUGAACUGGUCAACCUCACUGAACCACUGGUUAUUGAAUUCAAGGCACCUGACAUAAAUGAAACUGAAAGGAAAAGAACCACCAUCCAGUGCGUCUUCUGGGAUUUUCAGCUCAAUGACAGAAUUGGUGAUUGGUCAACGGCUGGGUGUGUUCUUGCAAUUAAGACCAAAACGAGGGUGUCCUGUAACUGCAGUCAUGCAACAAACUUUGCCAUCCUUGUGAAUGUGAAGGGUCGAAUGGAAGAAUCACAUCUAACCAGGGCACUUGAUAUAAUCAGCCAGGUUGGCUGUGUGUUGUCCAUCAUAGCUCUGGGUAUUACGCUGGUUGUGUAUCUUGCUAUCAGGAAACUCCGCAGUAGUAAAUCUCGUCAGAUUUUCAUGCAUUUCUGCCUCUCCUUGUUGCUGUUGUACCUCGUCUUCCUUGCUGGUGUAGACAAUGCCAUUGGCUCUAGAGGUGGUUGUGUGUUCGUGGCUGCUUUACUCCACUACUUGACUCUAUCCACCAUGAUGUGGAUGGCUGUUGAAGCCAGGAACAUGUACGUCAGCACAGUGAAGGUCUUCCCAGAAGACACUCGUCGAUACAUGCUUAAGGCGAGCCUCAUUGCUUGGGGAUCUCCAUUGAUUGUGCUGAUUAUUACAUUGGCAGCAGCCACAGAUCACUAUCAGAACGAGCAUUACUGUUUCCUGCGACCUGGUCUUGUGCUGUACAUUGGUCUCCUUACUCCCAUCGGUCUCAUCCUCAUCCAUAACAUCGUCACUUUCGUCUUGGUCAUGCGUAGUCUCCUGAAGGUCAAAGAGGUAUCACGCUCCCAGCAGAUCUCCAAACGCCUCCAGAAUGCUGUGGGUAUCUCUGUCCUCAUGGGACUGACCUGGUGUUUUGGUUUCCUGGCCAUUGAAGAAGCUACUGUAGCAUUUCAGCUGAUCUUUUGUCUGGCCAAUUCCUUCCAGGGCUUGAUUGUGUUCAUCAUGUUCUGUGUUCGACGUGAAGAGGUUCGUACAGCCCUUGCACCUUACAUGAAGCGCAUCUGCUGUGGUCGCACCUGCCAUUUGGGGGUGCCAUGGAAACAGGAAAGAUCUUACGACCUCCAGCUGGUGUCUGAGUCAGUGCCAAGCUCCCCAUCCAGUGUCCACACUGGAGCAUUUGACCUGUCGGUGUCGGGACCGUAUUAGUAUGACUGGUCUGCUUCCAGUUUGUGGGAAAAUGGAGAUGUGUUUUUGAUGAGUAGUUUUUGAGUUGUUCAAAUGAAAAUCCAGUCACUGUGAUACUGAGCUUAUGGUUCUUCACUCGAAAAAACAGCUUUUAAACUUGUUGAGAGGGGAAACGUUUAAUUGGCAAACGUUGGCAAACUGUUGCUCUUCACAACUUAGUUACUGCUUUGGUCAUACCUAGGAGAUUAGCUGCAAGCAAAAAUGUCAAAUUGGAUGUUACAAAGUGUACACAGAAUGGUUGAAAUACGUGCUUGUGCUUAAGUAUAUGUUAAACUUACCGAGGAAAAACAAGUACACAGGUGCAUUUGAUGUUUCUGUAUGAAAUAGUUUGAUAAAUAUGGUAAUUUCUGGAUAUGAAAGUUAAACAGGAGGGCAAAUUGCAUAAAAUUCAGUGCCCAGAUUUGAAUUGUGGCUUGCCUUAGGUGGAAAUUUUUGGAGAGAUUCAGAAUGUAUAUUGCUAAACGUGCGAUAUCUUUACAUCCAUAAAAUACGAGGAUGGUGGAAGGGAGAAUAUUCAAAAUAUUUAAAGUAAUUUACUUUUGCUGUUGUUUUGCUAUUGUUUUAUAAAUAUGUAUACAUGUCGUAAGUGAACAGUCUGCUGCAAGUGGUUCCUGAAGUUCUUUGUAUUAGUCUGUAACUCUCAAAGGGUUGGGAGAACUUGUAUCGAAAAUGAUAUGAUUUAAUCAGAAGAAAACUUACAGAAGAAAAGUUGCAAUCAAAACAUUCAUCAAGAAGGUUGUAAUAUUAACUACAAGAGGUAGCUUCUCUAGUGAUGUAGUAUUGGAAACAGUGUGUAACAUGUAGUUGAUUGCCUCUUCUUGUUGAAGAAUCUCUAUGCAAUGAUUUUUUGGAGUCACUUUUUGUACAUUUCUUUUCUUCUCUUGCGUAUGAAAACUGUUUUGACUUCAUUUUGGGAUCAAGUGUAUAGACUUCUGUUCUCAUGAUGCAGAGAUCUUGUAGGGCUAUAAAUAUUUGUAUUGUAUAAUUACACUUGUGUCCUGUUUAAAAUUUAGUGAUUGCCAUGCAUAUAUAGUUAAAUAUAGGCAUACUGACUAUCAUAAUGUGAGUUUUCUCGUGCUCUCUGAUUCUAGAAUUAGAUGACAUCAUUCAGCUAGAAAUGGGUUAUUUUUAUGUUUGUACAUGGAGCAAAUUGAAAAAGCACAAGAAAUACAUCGCACGGGAGUUUUUAAAAUUGGAACCCCAAAAUGGAUCGGGAGGCCUUUCUUUCAGUUCAAUUCAACUCACUUCAAUUUUUGUAAUUUGUUUUAAAAUUCGGCAUGAAAAGGUCUGAGGAACGAAUAAAUAUGCAGUUACUGUACGUUGCAGUAUUUGAAUACAAAUAGCACGGAAAGUGAAAGAAAAAGGUUAUUUAAAAAUUAAGUUAAAAUGAACAAGAUAUCAAGACAGUCAUAUACCGUGUGGAACAGUAAAAGUAUCAACGUGCUAUAGAAUUCAACUUUCUUGCAUUAGUCAUUAAACGUUUAAUUCGAAUUAAAGAAAAGAAAGUUUCAAACUACAAUUAUAUUUGAUGGCCAAACCAAGAAGCAAGGUGUAGUUGAUAUGACAUAUGAAUUUCUUAGCGCAACCUAAGCGACGAGCAUCCGCUGGGAAGCGGAAAUCCAUAAGAACGCCUCCCAAACCAGCAAUUUUUUUCCCGUUUAGAGAGCAUAACUUUGGAACGCUCAGUGGUCUCAAUUUCGUUCCUUUGGCAAGUUGAAUGUUCGUUAUUCCUUUUUCUAAUACUUAAAAAUAUUAUUUUUGAAAGACUUUAAAGACCCGUCAAUUUUCAAGUAAAAAUAGUCGGUAUCUACAUUUUUACAGUGGCGCCAACGAUUUUCAGGCCGGAUUCUGUCACACCUCGACUCAUUGCAAAUUCAUCACUUCGGAAGCCGUCUACCGAUUCGUUUCGUUCGAGCUGUAAGAUAAAGAGCAGAAAUUUGUCUAAAUAUGAUGUUAAAAUCAAGCUGAUUGGCCGAUAUUAACGCCCGUCCAUUUAAGCUUUAACUUUUUGCUCCAAUCGGAAAGGUCGUUUAAAACCUCAUUAGAACGUGAAUACCAUUAGCUCAGUGCCCUUUUUCACGGAUGAAUGAACACCUCACAGACCUUGCGUGAGAUGAGGGCCCGCACUGAACCCUACGGGCAGAUACCUAGCCUUUGUUGCAGUUUGUCAAAAUUUACUUCAGUGAAUUGUUAUGGUUACAAGCUCACAAACUUUGUAAUGCGUUGCAUCCAUAUACGCGUAUAAAUUCAAUAUCGUGUUAAUCAUUAAAAGAAAAUAUAUAUAGCGAGUAUAAUAUUCAACAUAGCACAAAGUGAACAUUUUGAGGGUAUAUGGCAACUAACAGUCCAUUAUAAUGCAUGAAAGACUGAGACACACUGGGCUGAAGAGAUAAGAGAGUAAUAACGUCAAACUAAAGACGGUACAUUGCAGUUCUACAGCGGUUAACAGAUGAACAAAAUAAGGAAUUGGAGACCGUUAGUAACGGAUGGUCCUAGCUCUGGGUAUUUGUAGAUGGUAUGAGUUCCUAAGGUUGCGGCUUGAAACUAAUCGAGUGUCCAGCAAGAGUUGGCGAUGUUGGGGUGACUUGAGCAGUGAUUUGGCUUGACAAUUUGAUUACAUCUGACCUCGAGGCUGUCCAGGUUUAGCUGUUUCAGUAGCUCACUGUAUGGCAUGAGGCAAUCUUCCAGGAUGUGUUCGAUUGAAUGGUGUGAAAAAACCCUUGGUGACUGUAAAGGUAUUCUUAUGAGACUGAAAAACGAAAGGUACAUAUGUUGUAGAUUACAUGUACAUGUAAUUGUUAUAAAGGGCAUCAAAGCGACGGUAACUGUGUAUUCUAAGAUAAAAUAGUGUAUCUGUAUACAUUAUAUUCAGAUGUUCAAUUUGUUGUAUAAACGUCAGUGGAGCAAUAUGAAUAUUUGAAAUAGUCUUCUGUUGUGGUUCCUUAGUAACGUGAAAACGAAUAGAGCCAGUCUUUCUUAGAGGUAAUUUGUAUGAGUUUAUCGAUGAUUAUAUAUUAACCAUUGAAGAAUAUGCCCUGCUAUUAUAUUCAGUUCAUGUCAGUAUUUGAUAUUGUAUUGCGUCUUUUUACUCAGUUGUGAAAGAGAGCCAGCUGAUGAGCUUGCAUUAUUUAAUUUUCUCCUAUUUUGAAAGACAGUCCAAGGACUUCUCAGAACUGGAAUGGGGCUGGAAUAAACAAAAUUGGGCUGAAGUGAAACAAAGACACCUAACACGCCUAUCUUCCAACUCUAUAGUUUCUUGAUUUCACAAUCCCCUUGGUUUAUUGUAUGUAGGGAAAUGUAACCUUCAGUUAUACUGUGUAGGCUGAAAUAAAAUUGUCGGCGGUGGAGGAAUUAAUCCCGUCUAUAUAGUGCUCUUAAUACCAGAUCCAUAAACUAUUAAGUAAAUUUAAUUAUCGAUGUCUUUGCAAUUAAAAAUUGGCGGCAAGGUACGUUACCCCGUCCUGUGCCUGAACGUAGUGACUCGAGUCGAGUCAUUGUAACGUAUUGUGAUUCGAGUCAAGUCGAGUCAUUAGGUAGAAAAGUCGAGUCCGGUCAAGUAUUUAGCCCAAGUCAAUUCGAGUCACAAAUAUGUGAACACGAUUACAAGCAAAAACAAGAGAGAAUGUAACUUUUUGCAUUUCAAAAUUUAUUCUUGUGGUCACACCAUAUCUUACUCUUGAUAUAAAAACAUGAUAUAAACAUAAAUCGGCUCUAAGGCUAAUUCAUGACAAAUGUUUUUUUUUGCAAAAUAAAUUGCAUUUAUUUUCGGACUCGGGUCUUAGUAAUUUCCACUCAAGUCGAGUCAUUUGCUCACAGUGACUCGAGUCGAGUCAUUUACCCGAAAGGAGUCGAGUCGAGUCGCCAAAAAUUAUGACACGAGUUGACUUCAGUCGAGUCAUUGACUUUAGUUGUUACAACCCUGGCCCACACUCAGGUGAACACGGAAGCACAGAAGUUCUAUCUCGCCGCGUCGUGUUCGUAUGUUUUGCUUGGGCGAGAUAACUCGCCGUUGUAACUCACGUAGUGCAGUAAGAUAGGACUUAGUUUGGAGAAGUUUUUGCUUGUGGUCCUGUACACUUUCGUUGUGUUCAUACCAUUCAGAUAACCAUUUAUGUGUGUAAAGAAUUUGGUGAUUCUAAAUCGCACGUAUGAGAAGAGUUAAACUGCGAUUUAAGAAACCUUUAGAACUCCUUUAGAAAUCCUUUAGAUUUAAAGAAACCUUUAGAACUCACUCACCUUAAUUUUUCCUUUGGCCUGACCCGUGCAAAUAAAAUUAAUAUUUACACAUGUACUCUACAGUGUAUGCGAGGUAUAGGUGCAUGCCGUCCGUCGUCAAUUGACCAUGAAUAAUUUUGAUUCUGUAGACGGUAUCAUGUGAAGCACAGAAAAAGGAAAGCCAGCUACAAGGUAAAAUUGGCCUGCUUUAAUGUUCAAAAGUGAAAUGUCAUGCCCAAGAAGGCGUAUCACUGUAUGCGUGAUGCAAUAAUUCUGGUAGAGUAAAAUUGCAGCUUUCUCGAAUUUGCUUUCACUAUGAAGGAGAGCACACUUAUGUUCUACUCCUCACCUAUUCAGUUUAUAGCCUUCUCUGAAUAAAUGUGCACUGAAAUCUAAAAGGGUGCAUUUUGGUGAAUUUAA